CGUUACCCAUCAUGCACCUGGGCUCAUCUCUGACAGCAGAGAAAAGUAACCGCCAGGAAGUAGACGGAGACGGAACUCGGCCGCAGUGACUUUUCGAGACUUAAACGGUGUCGCGUCGUCGAUCCACGACGUCCACGUGAACCUGUCCGAGUGGACUCUUUGUCGUUUCGCGACCGGAUUUUCUCCCGGUGUCCGAUGGAGCUCAUGACGUCAGCGUGCCGGCAGGAAGCAGACGGACCCGAGUUUGUCUCGAGGAAACGUUUCCACGUCCAGCAGCUGUUGGUCAUUAUACAAGAGGUUCCCCCUGAGCAGCAGGACUGGAGCUCCAGACUGGACCAGGAAGACCCAAAGCCCCCACACAUUAAAGAAGAACAGGAGGACCCAGAGCCCCCACACAUUAAAGAACAACAGAAGGACCCAGAGCCCCCACACAUUCAAGAGGACCCAGAGCCCCCACACAUUAAAGAAGAACAGGAGGACCCAGAGCCCCCACACAUUAAAGAAGAACAGGAGGAACCAGAGCCCCCACACAUUCAAGAACAACAGAAGGACCCAGAGCCCCCACACAUUAAAGAGGAACAGGAGGACCCAGAGCCCCCACACAUUAAAGAGGAACAAGAGGACCCAGAGCUCCCACACAUUACAGAGGAACAGGAGGACCCAGAGCCCCCACACAUUAAAGAGGAACAAGAGGACCCAGAGCUCCCACACAUUACAGAGGAACAGGAGGAAUUCAGGAUCAUUCAGGAGGGAGAGCAGCUUCAAGGGCUGGGGAAGGCUGGUAUUGAGUUCUCAUUCGCUCCCGUGAAGAGCGAAGAUGAUGAAGAAGAAGCUCAGUUCUCAAAGUCCAGAAAAAAAAAAGAGGCAGAACAUUUUAAAACAGAAGCAGGUGGAGAGGAAGUCAGAUCCAGAUCGGAUCCAGAAAGUCCUUUACAACAAACUGCUGUUGAGACUUCACAAUCCUCUGAAUGUGAGACUGAUGACAGUGACGAUUGGAAGGAGACUCAGGAACCUCAGUCGCAUUUAAACCCUUUGCAAAUCAAUGAAGUACCAGUAAGUGAUGUGGACUGUGGUACUGGAAACACACCAAUCAGCUCCUCUGAAUGUGCUGGAAGCUUUGACCACAAGAGACAUCUGAAGAGACACUCUGGAUCCAAAUCAGGAGAGAAACCAUUCAGUUGUUCAGUUUGUGGUAAAACAUUCGGACGAAAGCAACAUCUAAAAGAACACUCAACUGUUCACACAGGGGAGAAACCAUUCAGUUGUUUAGUUUGUGGUAAAACAUUCAGACAAAAGCAACAUCUAAAACGACACUCAACUGUUCACACAGGGGAGAAACCAUUCAGUUGUUUAGUUUGUGGUAAAACAUUCGGACAAAAGCACCAUCUAAAACGACACUCAACUGUUCACACAGGGGAGAAACCAUUCAGUUGUUUAGUGUGUGGUAAAAAAUUUAAAAUAAAGCAAAGUCUAAAAGAACACUUAACUGUUCACACAGGGGAGAAACCAUUCAGUUGUUCAGUUUGUGGUAAAACAUUCAGACGAGCGCAAACUCUGAAACGACAUUUAAAUGUCCACGCUGGAAAAAACAAUUAGUCGUUCAGUUUUCUCUAAAAGAUUCUCUCUUCUUUGUGAUUUAAAAAAAAAAAAAAUCACAAUUGUAUUGAUGAGACAUGAAGUACUCCUGGAGACACAGAGGAUUUUACACAAAUAAACAUAAAACUGUGCCUCGUC